AUGAGUCUUUGGGGCGACUCUGCCAUCAAUGCUUUUGUCAAUCUCACGCCGUCGUCACCAUGGGCGAUGCGAGUUGCUGAGCAGUGGAAAGGUUUGCCGUUUGGAAAGUACUUGCAGCAGCCUGCGCCGACACGAAAGCGAGCCUUGUCAGGACCUCACGAGCCUACCGAUGGCUCCCUGUGGCAGCGCUUCAACCUCUUCUCGAUGACUGAGGUAGAGUGCAGGCCAUACGAUCAGCCAUGGAGCCUUUUCUUAUCGAGAUUGCCACUGGAUGUUCGAAUUAUCAUCUACGAAAUGGUACUGGGCAACAUGCACUUCCACGUCGAGUCUGGCACGCCGCAGAGUCGAAUCUUCCAUAUCGUUUGUACACAGCCGGACACUAUUGGCGAGCCGAGUCACUCGUGUCAUCACCUCAACGUCCACCGGCCAUCCUCUGCGCCGCGAGACGAAUACCGGGAAGCGAGCGGUCUCCUCCCACUGCUCGUCACAUGCCGAAUGGUAUAUUCAGAGUGUAUCCACAUCCUCUACAGCACGAACUCUUUCCAAUUCACUUCGAACCAUGCAGCUUUCCGCUUCCUCAAGACCAUGAUCCCAUCCCACCGUGUCCAGAGCAUCCGUCACUUUCGAAUGACCAUGAGGAUACCACAUCAUCCACACAUGAACACACGAUCCAAGCGUGAUUGGGCUGCUCUCUGGGACUUCUUCGAGAACGAUAUGACAGGGCUGCAGACAUUGAAUCUUAAGCUGCUCCUACUGCACGAUACGCAACAGCAGAUCAUCAAAGCCGACGACCAUGCAGGGAGUGGAUGGGUCGAGCCGAUGGUAUUGAUGGCGACGACUACAAAUCGAAGAAGGGGCUGUAGGGUAGAGGUUAUGACUGGCGGCCAGACGCAGGAUCUGAGUGAUGUCUCUGUCGCUAGCGAAUCUGGGAAUUCGAUCUGCGAUGACCAGGAGGCAUUGAACAGUGCUUGCGCAAUUCUGCACUCGAAGAUCCGACUAUCGCUGGGCGGGCAAGGCUGA